AUGUACAAAAGAAGUUUAUUUUGUGGGCCACUUCUGGUGGCCCUCAGCCUCGCCUCCCCUUCUACAGAAGCUCAGGCCUUCGGGAAAGCUGCCGUUCCUCCUCCUUUCCUUGUUUGUGCAUGCGCUAUUGCUGCAGGCUUUGCCGAUGCACCCGUGGCAUGGAUGCAGGACGAGCCAGGGAGUUAUCUUUCUGUCAAUUCUUCAGCUGGCUCGAUGCCGCUUGGGGGUACUUCGAGGUCUACCCGCUACACGAGAAUCCCCUCUACAGGAAGCCUCAGUAGCAUCAGCAGCAGCAGCAGCAGCGUCAGCAGCAGCAGCACCGGCGGAGGCUGGCGGGCCACUAUUAUCACCACUGGGUCGUAUCCCUCUUACGGCCUCCCUGCAGGUCUAACGGCGGCUCAAGCAGCUUCCAUGGCUCAGCAGGAGGCAUUCUUGCAGAGCAUGCAGCAGCAAGUAGCAAUGAGUUCGCGACUUGCACUUGAGGCCCCAGCUCAGUACUGCGCAGGAGAAGGGGAGGAAACAGAUUUCUGUCAAGUUAUAAAAGAGUAUGCAGCAGCCGUUCGCUCAAUAUCAGAUCUUGAAUGCGUGCCGAGGAGAGAAAUAACAAAAAAAGAAAAGAAGAAAAAAGUAGCUCUGCUGGGAGAAACCACGCUGCAGCAAGAUGCCCGGCCCCACAGUUUCGUUGAAGUGCCAACUCAAGAAGAAGUUAAGCAGAAAGAAGAAGCAGCAGCUGCGCUGUUUCGCGAGCAAGCAGAAGCUGCAAGACGAAGAGGAGAAGAAAGGCUAAGAGAAGCUGGACAAAGAGGAAAUGUUCGAGAAAUCGCGGAGGCAGCCCAAGCAGUCUAUUUGGUUCAAGCUGUGCUGCAGUCAUACGUGUUGAUAACGAGUGCAAAGGUGUCUUUAUAUAAUUUGAAGACGACGAUACAGUCGAGCAGCGACCAAUUAAUAAUAUCUCUGUCUGAUGUUUAUACAUUUCUUUUAAGUGGUUUAUCGGGGCCUCUCUCUAUAGCGUGGCAUCUUCUAGAUAUUGUUAUUGAAGAAAUAGGAGAAGUACUUAAAAAAAUAACUCGCGAAAGAGCAGAUGCAGAAAGACAUGCAGCAGAAGGGAUGCAGCGCUUAUCUGAUAUUGAUGCUUUAGCAGAAGAAACAGCAAAAAGAAAAGCUACAAUAACAGCAACCCUAGAAAAAACAACGCAAGAAAUAGACGCACAAGUACGACAAGAAGUACAAACUUGGGUGUAUGGACACCUCAGCCCCCAGCUCCAGCAAACCAUCGUUGAUAGAGUCCUUGCUGCAAUUAACAGCACAGCAGCAGGGUCUGUUCAAGUAUCGACUGCUAUCAUUCAAGGGGGAGGAGGUGCUGCAGCUGCUGCUGCUCCUCCUCCACACCCAGGAUAUGUAAUGAGGUUUGGAGUUAGUGAAGGGGCUCCUGCAGGUGCAGCAGCAGCACCACCAACCCCACCAGGUGCAGCAGCAGCAGCAGCAGCAGCACCUGAAGCAGCUGCUGCUCCUCCUGGAGCUGCUGCUGGUCUCUAUCCUCGCGUUCAGGUUAUAUAUGAAGGGGGUGCACCUGCUGCUGCUGCAGCACGUGCUGCUGUCUUUCAAGGAUUAGAAGAAGCAGAGACAGCUGCAACAAAGAAAGAGACAGAGGGGAUAUUAGACUUAGGAAGAAGACUCGCCAGAGGCAGAAGCGGAACUACUUUUCAUUCUGCUACUGCAGACUACGUUUUAUCUUCUCGGGGGACGGAAGGAGAUUUAUGCAAAGUCGAAAUAAAUCUUUUAUCAGCAACACCAGAUGAAAGACAAAGAGGUGUAUAUACAGCUGACUUGGGAUCUAGAGCAGCAGCAGCAGCAAAUAGAAUGAUGCUGCAUCACACAGAGGCAAAAACUUUAGAGAAGCCCUUUGCUUUCUUCGCAACCCCAGAAGACGUCGAAAGACAUGUUAAAAAUAUCUGGGAAGUGAAGAAGAGAGUGUUGAUGAGCGAAUUGAGUGCUGCGCCUUCUUUCUAUACUUUGACGAGCACCGGGUGUUAUUCUACUUCUGAAGAUUUAAAACGAAUAUUUUAUAGUAAUUGGAGGGAUAGAAACCUCUUUAAAGCAAUAGCAAGCGAUCCAGCUCUCAGUGAAAGACUCAGAAAGAGAGUACAAAUACUAGCCUCCCAAGGUAUUCUGCCCGUUAUGGAUACGGAAAUUGAUAAAAAAGUCGGCAGUCAGAUCGCGCAAACACUCACUUCGUAUUUACACCAUGAGAGGCCUCAAGCGAAAGGAAUACUGCCUAGAAAGAAAGGAGGAGAAAUAACGUUUGGGUUUCUUGAAGUCUGCGACAGCCGCUGUUAUAAACAACCCGAGUCAAAGAAAGGAGAUGGUGAAAUAUGA